UCUCUCUCUCUCUCUCUCUCUCUCUCUCUCUCUCUCUCUCUCUCUCUCUCCAAAUAUAUUUAGAUUACAAGAAAAGCAACAAAUUUGUAAGAAAAGAUUUACAAUUCCAUAGAUACUAAUUUAGAGUCGCCUAUCAAACUUCAAGCAUAAACAUGGGGUUUAAGGAUUUUCAUCACAAGCUUAAGGUCUCUCUCUUGAGGAAAUUAUUCGUUGGAGAUGCUGGGAAGAAGAAAAGAGAGGCUGAAUUUGGGAAAAGGCCUUCAUGGAUGGUGCCAGUGAGUCAUGGGUAUCAUGUUGUCGAGGAUCGGUCAUUCGCAGGCGAGUCGAAUGGUGAGUCUGACUCGGUCCCCGACUCUGUUGUGGUACAGAGAGAGCAAAUUGGAGAACUUGAAGUGUGGUUUUUUGGAGUUUUCAGUGGAAGAAUGGGAGACUGUGUUGCAAAGAGCAUGCAGUCACAUCUGUUUGAUAAAAAGCCCAAAGAGUCUCAAUUGAAGAGGAAGAGCAAAGAGGCAAUGAGAAAGGCAUAUGUGGGUGCAAGAGGGAAGAUGAAAGAGAGAGCAGAGGAGAAGGGGAAGAGGAAGGAGAAAGGGAAAGUGGGUGGUUGUGGUUCAGCAUCUGCCAUUGUCAUCAAUGGAGAGAAGCUUGUGAUGGCUAACAUGGGCGGAUACAGAGCUGUUGUGUGCAGAGAUGGUGAGGCUCAUCAGAUCAAUAGGACAAGGCAAAAUCAAGGGACCCCCAGAAGACAUUGGUCUAGAAAACUCAUUCCAGGUGUAAUACGGAUGCCCAAAGUGCGUAUACUCGUGCACGAAUCCGGUGCAGCAGUGGGGACUGAUAAGGCAAACCCUAAAUGCUCAGCAGAAAUUGUGGUUGGAGAUGAAAGCAUAGACUCCGAUACUGAGUUUGUCAUCUUGGCUAGUACUGGCAUCUGGGAGGUGAUGAAGCAUCAAGAGGCUGUGAAUCUCAUCAGGCAUAUAGAGGAUCCACAAGAAGCUGCAGAGUGCUUAGCCAGAGAGGCUUUAACUAGAAUGAGCAAAAGCAAUAUUUCCUGCUUGGUCAUUCGCUUUGAGUGAUUACACAGUUGUGUUAUCUUUCUUAGGUGCUAGAGAUACCCCUACCUUUUGAGAAUUUGGAUAUUUGGGAAUUUCUUGAAUAAAUAAUUAUUUCGACAGGGUCUUUUCCCAUGCACCAAAAAAGGCAAGUGAGGAAGUUUUUCUGGAAAGAAAACUUACCCCAUGGACCCAGAUGACAUACUCAGUUUGGAUGACAAUAAUGAGGAUGUGAUGUCAUAUUUUCAUGA